ACGGGAGCCAGCCAAUGGCUCCAACGCUCUCCUCGGGGGCCCCGUGUGUGUAUGUGUGUGUGUGCGUGUGUGUAUGUGUGUAUGUGCCUGCGCGCGUGUGUGUGUUUCAGCGAAAAGGAAAAAAAGAAAAAAGAGAGAGAAACGGAGAAAGAAAGGGUGCUGGGUUGCAGUCUGAGCAGAUCUGAACGCGGAACCAGGAGCACCGCUUUUUAGUCCAAGGGAUUGUUACUCUUUUUUUUGGUCUCGCUACGGUGGGAGAUUUUGGGAUUGUUCAAGGAGUUUGCCCUAACGCUGGAAAACAAACGCGAUUGUGAAUUCCGAGCGGAUUUUCUUUGGAGGAUUAAUCCGUAGCGGGGUCGCUUCAUUCAUGUUCCCAGCGCCGCUUUACAGAGUGGAUCUGAGGGGGUUUCAAAGUCCGAGCCCAUAGCCCGUGCACAAGUUUGUCGCGAUCUGUAGCAGUAGGGCAUGGGGAUGGUGGCUAGGUUUAAUUAGUCCGUUUUAAGACAUUUUAUUCUUUCAUGCGCAGUGUAACGGAUUUAGCGAAGAUAUUGUUGGGGACUGUAUGCGAGGUCCCAUACAUGGAUAAUAGUUUUGCAUGCACUUGACAGCGCCGUAUUCGUACGUGAAUGCAUUUUGAUUUUUAUGUAGCCGUGCAUUUUAGUUAACUUGUAUUUAAUGAAACAUUACAUUGUAGCUCGCCUAAUGGUCUGCUCUGCCCAUCAAUACUCGGCGUCUGGCUGUGCAUGCAUUGCACGGCAUUCAACCAUCCUUAAUGUUGUGCAACGAGCCUAAAGUUAGUUAUCACCAGCGAAGAUCUGAACAAAAAUAAACGCAUAUAGAUUUUUAAAUUGUCGUAUGUUCAGGACGAAACGUUCAGGUCUUGUGCGGCGACUCUGGAGAAGCCGUUUGAUUCCAGAUAAAGACGGGGGCGAUGGAAAUGGCAAAUGUAGCGACGGCUGUAGGGACGAUCUGUGCGGCAACAACCCAGAGAAAAUUCCCAAGACGGAGCUCAGACCGAUGACCCCGAGCGGGUCGCCCGUAGCGGACUAUGGGGGAGUGUGCGCCAGGAGCUCGGCGGAGUGCGGUGACUCGGGGGUCACAUUGGACCAAGAUGGGGCUGCGGUGUGUGUUUUGGAGCAGGAAAGCCCCCGAUCCAUGCAGGACAGCGACUGCAGGACUGUUACGUGCUGUUUGUUUAAAGACCGGGACCAUUCCGGAUCUCGGAGCCCAGAGGCGGCUCAUGCUAAGGAAUCGGGCUCUUGCCAAUUCGUGCUGAGGAACACGAGUUCUCGGGACUGUAGUUCGCCCGAGGGUCAAGAACCCAAGCCUCGCUCGGUUAUGGAGCAGGAACUCAAGACCGCCACCUACUCGCUCUUGAAACGGCUGAAAGAGAAAACGCUGGAUACUCUGCUGGAGGCUGUGGAAUCUAAAGGUGGGAUGCCGAGCGAGUGCGUGAUGGUGUCCCGGACAGAGCUCCGUCUAGGCGGCCACAUGGCCCCUCCACAGCUGCUUCUCUGUAAGCUCUACCGGUGGUCGGACCUGCAGCACACCGCCCAGCUCAAAGCGCUCUGUGAGUGCAAGAGCUUCGGCAUACAGGACGGCCCGUCAGUGUGUUGUAACCCCUAUCACUACAGCAGACUCUGUGGGCCAGAGUCGCCUCCCCCUCCUUACUCCAGACUUUCUCCCAGAGAAGAACACAAGCCACUGGAUCUGUCAGAUUCCACUCUCUCUUACACUGAAACAGAGGCGGUCAGCUCACCGGACAUCACACAAGGGGAAUUCUCAGAUGCCAGUAAGUCGCCGGACGCCCCCAAGCAGAGCCACUGGUGCUACGUGGCCUACUGGGAGCAUCGCACGCGCGUGGGCCGCCUCUACGCCGUCUACGAGCCCGCCGUCAGCAUCUUCUACGACCUACCUCAGGGCACGGGCUUCUGCCUGGGCCAGCUCAGCCCCACCAGCGAGCAGCAGCAUCAGCACCACCAUGGGGGCAGCAGCAGCAGCAGCGGCAGCGGUGGCAGUGGUGGUGGUGGUACCUCCGUGCAGCGCGCCCGCACCAAGAUCGGCUACGGCAUCCUCCUGAGUAAAGAGCCGGACGGCGUGUGGGCGUACAACCGCAGCAGCCACCCGGUGUUCGUCAACUCUCCGACGCUGGACACGCCGGGCAGCCGCAGCCUGGUGGUGCGGAAGGUGAUGCCGGGCUUCUCCAUCAGGGUGUUCGACUACGAGCGCUCGGCCGCGCUGAGGCAGGCGGGCUCGGGGGCCGCCGGGGACCACCACCACCACCACCACCACCACCACCACCACCACCGAGGGUCAGAUCUGCUGCUGGACGGGCCGUUCGAUCCCAACAGCGUUCGGAUUAGUUUUGCGAAAGGAUGGGGCCCCUGCUACUCCAGACAGUUUAUCACAUCGUGCCCCUGCUGGCUAGAGAUUCUGCUUAACAACCACAGAUAACACACGAACAUACAGCGCGCGCACACACACACACACACACACACACACACACACACACACACACACACACACUCUCUCUCUCUCUCUCUCUCUCUCUCUCUCUCUCUCUCUCUCUCUCUCUCUCUCUAUCUCACUCUCUCUCUGUCUCUCCCCUUUAUAGACAAACACGUACACAGAAAACACACACACACACACACACACACACACACACACACACACACACACACACACACACACACACACACACACACACACACACACACACACACACACACACAAACCUGCUCUUACGGACAGCUCAGAGAUAUGAACUGCAAGACUCAAAGGAAAAUCUCAGAGCAAAACAAAAACGGACCCCACAAACUAUCCCAAACAGCAUCUACUUAGAUUUAAUAUAAAGUUUUAUAUAUUAUAUGAAAUCUAUAUUAUACUUGUAAAUACCGGAGUCCUUUUUACAAUGUCAUUAUUUAUGUAUGGUGCAAUGUGUACUUGGAGAUCAAGAGGAAAAAAAAACGGAAAACGCACUUUGGCUUAUAUAUUAUAUAUAUAAAUAUAUAUAAAUAUAUAUAAAAGAUAAAAGAAAUCUUUCAAUACCAAUUUGAGAAAUUAUACAGCAGAAAAAGGAAAUACCCUGGUUUUGGUGUAUAGUUUUCUUAUUCUAUUAAUACCCAGACAACAAAGCUAACACCAUUCACACAUUGGUAAUAAAGUAUUCGCAUAAUACUUUCAGCUUGCU